AGGUAUCAUGUCUAUUUUAGAAUACAAUGGUGCCUCCGUGGUUGCCAUGAAAGGCAAGAACUGCGUGGCUAUCGCAGCAGACAAAAGACUUGGUAUUCGAUUUCAGACUGUAUCUUGCGACUUUCAGAAGAUAUUCCCCAUGGGCAAGAAACUAUUUAUUGGUCUGCCUGGAUUGGCCACAGACGUCAUGACCUUUGCUAACGAACUGAAAUUCCACACAAAUCUCUACAGUUUAUCGGAAGACAGAGAACUCAGUCCUAAAACCUUCCUCAGUAUGGUCUCAAAUUUCCUCUACCAACGUAGAUUUGGUCCCUAUUUUAUUGAACCAGUUAUCGCUGGACUUGACGAAAAAAACGAACCAUUCAUCGCUUCAACUGAUCUGAUAGGAUGUCCGAUGGUAACUAACGAUUUCGUAGUCGCUGGAACUUGUCUGGAACAGCUGUAUGGUAUGUGUGAGACUCUCUACAAGCCAGAAAUGGAACCAGAUCAACUGUUCGAAACUAUUUCCCAAUGUCUCCUAAAUGCUCAAGACAGAGACGCAUACAGUGGAUGGGGUGGUGUUGUGUACAUUAUUGAGGCCAAUAAAAUUACCAAAAGGGAGCUCAAGGCAAGGAUGGACUAGAACGUUUCAGAUAUUAUUGAUAAAUGUGAUUUGUAAAUAUUGUUGGAUUUCUGGCGAUUCAAGUCCGUACGAUAUUUUAUUUGUUGUUGGUUAAUUUGUAGUUUGGCAGGGUUUCCAUAAUAAAUAAAUUUAUUUGAACAUCGUUAUCUAAGAGCAACUAGCUGCUAAGGCACUAAUAUACCAGUCUAGCAAUGGAGAAGCUUUAUUUGUACUAGUUUCCAUUUAUCUAGGAUGAUAUAUAAUGACUACAAGAUGAGCAGGUUCUCAAUUUUAUGAGAUGUUAAAGUUAAUACACAUGUAAUUUCUAAAUUACUUUGUAGGCAUUAGCCGCUAUUUAGAA